GCCAUUAAAAGACAGAUAAGAGUCAUAUUUCUUUGAUGAAGUGAUGUAAAAAGCAGAUAGUGGAUUGGAUAUGUCAUAAAAAUACAGCCUGCUUUGUUGACUUUAAAGCUGCUGAAAUGGAAAUUUAAGGGAAACAUCACGUUCAAGAGGCUAAAAGUCGGUUCAAGUUGCCAGUGGUAUAAUUGCAGUCUCUCAGACUACACUGACAGUGAACAGUAAACUGUGUGGAAACCAGAGUUGAGUGGGAACAGGGCACCUUGCAGUGCAGCGAUCUGCCGGUGUGAUGUUGCUGUGGGUUUUAUACAGUCAAUGCUUUUAGCCGAUGUGAUGUCACAGUUCUGUGUGCUUCUGGACUCGGCAGAAGAAGAUGGCGGCCUCCUCAGGAGUUAAAGUUCCACGCAAUUUUCGCUUGUUGGAGGAGCUUGAAGAGGGGCAGAAAGGCGAAGGUGAUGGCACAGUCAGCUGGGGCCUCGAGGAUGAUGAAGACAUGACUCUCACACGGUGGACAGGCAUGAUCAUUGGACCAGCAAGAACCAAUUACGAGAACAGGAUAUACAGUCUGAAAGUGGAAUGUGGAUCCAGAUACCCAGAGGCAGCCCCGACUGUUAGAUUUGUAACAAAAAUUAACAUGAAUGGGAUUAAUAAUUCCAACGGGACGGUGGAUUCACGUAGCAUACCAAUAUUAGCAAAAUGGCAGAAUUCUUAUAGCAUUAAAAUUGUUCUUCAAGAGUUAAGGCGUCUAAUGAUGUCCAAAGAAAAUAUGAAGCUUCCACAACCACCAGAAGGACAAACCUACAGCACUUAAUCGUAAUGGAUUGUUUCAACCCUCUGUCUUAAACCUUACCUUACUAGAAAUAUUGUAUAAAAUCAUCAAGAGGCUCACUUCGCACAUCAACAAUAUCGUCUGCAAGAGCAAGAUUGGACUUUCUUAUUACAUAGCUCAUUCAAAAAAAAAUGUCCCUGCAGUUAAGCACUGAAUAGAUAGGUAAAAGACUACAAGACCACAGCUAUCCGCCUUUAAUAAAGUUACUUUGACAAUGACUUUGAUGUUCGACGUGUUCCAGCUUGAGUGGGCUUGAAGAGGGAAGCAUGAGGCCAUGCAGAGGCUGUACCAGACUCCCAAUAGUUUUAUGUUUAAAUGACUGAUCACUGAAAUAAACGGCAAGAUGUGUGUA